GGGCAUUCCGCAUAAGAAUAAGAACACAUACGGCUUCUCUUAAUUGCUAACCUGCAAAAGCUAGAGAUGCAGACGGCCGUACAACCAUGAACCAGUAGUAGAAUCGAAUCCGCUGUUGUGUUGUCCGGUCUGGAAAGAGAAGAAUCGAAAACAAAUCAGAAUUUUCUGCUUUCGGAAGAUUCUUGGUUAGAAAAGAGAAGCUGUAAUCAGGACUGGACGAUUAUCUCUUGACGGAUGGCAGCGUCGGCAAAAACUCUCGCGGUUCCGGAUCAGUCAAAUAAUGGCGACUGGACAGUUGUUCUACCUCGUCGCGGCAGGCAGAGGAAAACUUUUCCGAAGCUCAGAAAUCGAGAAGAUCAGCGGACUUGGUCUCCCACUGAUCAGGCUAAUGAUGCAAUCAGAGAAUCGAAACUGUUGCAGAAGAUGGAAAUCUGUAUUAAGAAAGUUGAGAGCUCCCAAUUUUAUCGAACUCUUAUUGACGAGCUUGGAACGACGCCAGUCUUGGAAUCCUUAAAUAGGGUUUUGGCCUCGGAAUCAAAGAUGGAGAUGGUAAUCUAUGGCGUUGGAAGCAUAGAGAAUUACGAAAAUCCUCGAUUGCAGCUCAGUCUUGCAAUCUUGUUGAAGAGAAAAUUUAGUUGGAUUGGAAGUUUGGAGGUGUUCGAUCCAAUUCUUUCUGCAACUGAAUGUCGGGUAAUGGAAUCCUUUGGUUGUUCCGUUCUAUCAGUAAAUGAGGAAGGACGGCGAUGUGCGCAGAAGGCAACAUUGUUCUUUAUGCCCCAUUGCGAGGCAGAGCUGUACGACAAUCUUUUACAGGAAAAUUGGACGGUGGAGCUGUUGAAUCACGUUGUGCUGUUUGGAAAUAGCUUUGAGAUCUAUGAACAGUUUGUAUCUGAAUUCAAGAGCUCACCCGUUGUUGAUUCAGCAAAGUACAUUUUAGCCUCAAGAAAGUUCACACGCGAGAUCAAAAUCAAGACACUUUCAGAUGAUUAUUUUGGUGCUUUCCAUGAUUCGAGUUGGCAUUUUUUCAGCCCUGUUUCACCGACGGAGCUGCAAUUCACAGAUCUUUGAAGAACAUUGUCUAGUGAUUGGAAAAACAGCCAGGAAUCUGGUUUCGGUUUUAUGUGCCCAUCGGUGAUGCAAGCUUCAUACUUCAUGUUUACAUCUGUGUUUCCACCGAUGCUCAUCAAAGUAUCGACUUGUUCGUCUGUCCAAUUAUCUAGUUUCACUGAGAAAACCUGACAUUUAUUGUUGAUAAAUUUAGUUCACAAAAUGCAUUGCAUGAGAUACGAGCAUUCAAGAAUGAGAUUCGAAGUCAAUAUGAUAACAGUAAAUAGUUUGCAGACCU